GAGCUUCAGGAGGACGUUAACAGACACCUGUGGUCAGCUGUGAGUGGACUCUGAGGUAGAAAUAUCAUGUGUGUGUCUCGGCUGGUUGUGCUGCUGGGGCUGCUUCUGUGUGUCGGAGCUCAGCUGUCAAAUGCUCAGCACUGGUCUCAUGGUUGGUACCCGGGAGGAAAGAGGGAGCUGGACUCUUUUGGGACAUCAGAGGUUUCAGAGGAGAUUAAACUGUGUGAGGCCGGGGAAUGCAGUUACUUGAGACCCCAGAGGAGGAGCAUUCUCAAAAACAUUAUUCUGGACGCCUUAGCCAGAGAGCUCCAGAGAAGGAAGUGACAGUUUUCCACCAUCCACUGCUUUUCUACCUAGUGAUGCUCCUCAGUGUCAGUGUCCUGAUGGUGUCGACUUGGUGUUAAUCCUGUGAACAUGUCUGUUAUUUGUAAGCAAAUGUGUUUUUCUGUGUUGCUGAAAUUACAAUGUCCCACAAUAAAGUAUCUAUUUUGAUA